AUCGGCUUAGAGAAACGUUUAGUCAAGGCUGGACGCUCUGUCAUGCUCGUUGCGUUCCGUUUCGCCAGUGCACCAUGAUCGGAGUGCGGAAAAAGCUGCUUGUGGCUGGCGUCGCGACCGUCAUACUUGUGGCUGUCUUUGUGGUAUUAAUCGUAGUCUUCACGCUCAAUUCAGGCGACGUAAAAUGCGGUCCAAAGUUCGUCAGUUCUUCCAAACUGGGUCGAUACACAAAGGGCGCCGUGACGACAAACGGCCAGGAAUGCUCCAAAAUCGGCGCCGAUAUCUUAUUCAGGAACGGCUCGGCGGUGGAUGCGGCGAUAGCGGCGCUUCUUUGCGAAAGUGUCGCGUCCCUGCACAGCAUGGGACUGGGCGGCGGAUUUUUCAUGACGAUAUGGGACGCGAAAAGCAAAACCGCGGAUUUUCUGGACGCGAGGGAGACCGCCCCGUUGGCCGCGACGGAGAAAAUGUACGAUGGCAACGCUCGUUUAUCCAUGUACGGUGGCCUGGCAGUUGCGGUACCCGGCGAGCUUAUGGGCUAUUCGGAAGCGCAUAAAAAAUACGGGAGAUUACCGUGGCCGGAGUUAUUUGAGCCCGCCAUUAAAUUGUGCGAAACUGGAUCGCGCGUCAAUGAUUAUCUCGCCUCGUAUCUGGCCGAGAAGGAGCCUAUGAUAAAGAACGAGAGCAGUAUGGCUGAAAUACUCAUAAAUCCUGACACCAAUAGAACGUGGAUCGCGGGUGACCGAAUAAAGAGGCCGAAACUCGCCAAGACACUGAGGCUGAUAGCGGACGAGGGUGUCGACGUAUUUUAUAAUGGUAUUAUCGCGGACAAAUUAGUCGACGAGAUAGCGAGGUUUAAGGGAAUAAUCACGAAGCGAGAUUUUCAAGAGUAUAGGGCCAUAUGGAGAAAGCCGGUCUCAUUGAAAAUGGGAAACCUGACGCUUUACAGCGCCCCGCCGCCUGGUUCGGGCGCGAUUCUGACGUUUAUAAUGAACGUCCUUCGUCGUUUGCUGCCGGUCAGCAAUGAGAACGUUAUGUGGCAACGGGUAGUGGAGACCUUCAAGUGGGCUUACGCAAGGAGAACGGAGCUGGGGGAUCCUGAUUUUGUCGAAGGCAUAGACGCGCUGCUCGCCAAUUUAACGUCCAACGAUUACGCGGAAAUGAUAAAAGGGAGGAUUAAGGACGAUCGCACGAGUCAAGAUCCGGCGGAUUACGGCGCCGUCACCGCAACAAUCGUGGAUGCGGGGACCGCGCACGUUUCCGUCCUCGCUCCUGAUGGCUCCGCCGUUUCCGUCACAUCGACCAUCAAUCAGGUGCUCGGCGCGAUGAUACGCUCCGUGUCCACCGAUAUAAUAUUUAACGACGAGAUGGACGACUUCAGCUCGCCCAACAUCACCAACGGCUUCGGGCUGCCGCCGUCACCGGCGAACUUCAUUCGGCCUGGCAAACGGCCGCUGAGUUCGAUGUGUCCGGCUAUAGUGGUCGAUCACAAGGACAAUGUGAGAUUAGUGAUUGGUGCAGCCGGUGGUUCCAAGAUCACGAGCGCCGUGGCGAUUGGGAUGCUCUUGAAUCUCUGGUUUGAUUACGACAUAAAGGAAGCGGUUGAUGCGCGUAGACUUCAUCAUCAACUGCUGCCGAUGAUUGUCGAGAACGAGAAAAACUUUUGCCAAGCCACGUUAAAUUACUUGAGUAAAAUCGGGCACAACAUCACCACUUUUAGCGGAAUUGGAAGCGCAAUUACGGCAAUAUCCACGAAGAAUGGACUCGUAACAGCAAACUCAGAUUUUCGCCGACAGGGGACAACAGCGGGAUUAUAAAAAUUAUUAAAAUUAAAGUAUAUUACACGCGGAUGGUGUAACAUGGAUGUAACAUUGAUUCUUCUUUCGUGAUUCUUUUAAAUUGCAACGACGACAAAUCAUUUUGAAUUAAUGCUCUCUACGCGGAAUGAAAUCUUUGUUUUAUCGCAUCCUAUUUAUAAAAAAUGUAGCAGUACAAAGUAAUUUCUGAAGUUACAAAACCGUCUAUAUACGAUUCAUGUGUGAUUAGACUAGAAUUGUUAUAAAACUACCAAAUUCCUACUUUUAAUAUAUUAUAACGUAAUUUCAAAAGAUAAUUUACAUGUUUCACAAGGAAAUAAUUCGCAAUGUAUCGUGCCGACGACAUGUAAGAUACACUCUAGCGACCGAAUCAGUAUAAUAACAGCCUAUUCUCCACUGGACUGUAAAUACUUAAAACUUGUAAUUGCGAGUAUUAAUUAUUUAUUUUAUUAUUACGACCCAUCGAUCAUCGCAUCUCUGUAUAUAUUCCAUAAUGUUUCGUACACGAUUCAAAUAUAAAAAUGUUUAUGCUUUUCUAUUUAGUACGAAUUAAAUGAAUUUCUGAAGGUUGUAAA